AUGGUGACGCUGCUGUUGGACAGAGGUGCCGACGUUAACGCGCAGGAUAUGAGAGGCAACAACAACGCACUCUAUACAGCUUCAGAUAGAGGCCAUAAAGAGAUUGUGACGCUACUGCUAGACAGAGGCGCCGACGUCAACGCGUAUUGCGGGGUUUAUGGCAACGCGCUACAGGCAGCUUUAGAUAGAGGUCACCAAGAAGUCGCGACAUUGCUACUUAGCAGGGGCGCCUUAAGAGUAUCGAAGUAG